AUGGGUUCAAUCGACAGCAACUUGGAGACGCCUGAGAGCCCGGAUGUCAUCAUCAUCGGUGGCGGAAUCAGUGGCUGCGGGGCUGCAUGGUAUUUGCACAAGCAGGGCCGCUCCUCGAUGAUACUCGAAGCCAGCGAUCGUGUCGGGGGGAAGACGUACAGUGUAGCCGACGCAUACAGCGAAGCCGGCUAUAUCGACCUCGGCGCUUCGUGGGUCAACGACACCACACAGAAGUACAUCAACGCUCUAAUCGAAGAAUUGGGGCUCGAACGACUCGAGCAAGAUGUUGACGGACUGGCCAUUGCCCAACGUCCCGACGGGUCGUUCUUUACGCACGGCUACCAUGACUCGGUGAAAGCCAGCGACGAAGAUUUUGGGCUUUUCUUCGCCAAAUUCCAUGACGUGGUCGAAUCGAUCAACACCGACGAUGUUGCCAGCACUCCGUUCGCCACUACACUAGACUCGUUGACCGUUCUCCAAUGGGCCCAGAAGACUUUCCCCAAUCGACCCGGCCUACCCAAGCGAGUGGAUUUGUAUGUACGGGCCCUCUCAGGGGCAGAUCCGGCCCAGGCAAGCAUGCUGUAUCUGGCUCACUAUGUUGCCUGUGCCGGCGGCAUCAAGUCUGCCUCGGGCGACGAGAAGGGCGACGCACAAUACCAACGGCUGAUCGAUGGGACGCAAAACAUCAGCAAGCAGAUGCUGGCGCGAUUGCAGGGCCAGGGGGGCAAGAACACGAUUUUGCUCAACCAUGCCGUCGACACCAUUUUCCAGCAAGACGGCACCGUGACGGUGACGACCAAGAACGGUCAACGGUUCUCGGUAAAAAAAGUUAUCAUCACCAUCCCACCGGUCCUGUGGACGAGCAUCCAAUGGUCGCCUCCACUGCCCGAAACCAAGGCGCUCAUCUCGGACCGUCUGACCAUGCCAGCGUACUCCAAGAUUGUCUUCACUUUCAGCCACGCGUGGUGGCGGCCGCGCUGCUCCGGGACCGUCUUCUUCUUCGACGGGCCCAUUCAAUUUGUCCGGGAGACGAGCGUUCCAGCCAAGCGGUGCUGGACUUUGACUUGUUUCGCCACGGGCAAGAAGGGCUUUGACUGGGGCAGCCAGAGCAAGCAAGCGAGACGACAGUCGGCCUGGGAUACGCUCGCCUCAGCCUUUGUCGGCUUCGUCGACAAGAAGCCAGUCCCAGACCCUGUCUCAGUACACGAGAUGCUCUGGGAGAGACAGGAAUAUAUUUGGGGCGCGCCGAGCGCCUCAUGGCCACCCGGCAUGCUGGGCCACGGUCUCCAGAAGGAUCUCAAGGCUGCCCAUCACAACGUCCAUUUCGCCGGCAGCGAGACAGCGUCCGCUUUCAAGGGUUACAUGGAAGGCGGGUUACAGGCCGCAAACCGGGCGGUGCAGGAAAUCGUUCAGAAUUAG